AGGACAUGAAGGAGGACGCAGAUAGGGCAUUCAGUCAGUCGCGGUGCGUCAUGGGCAAUUCGAAAGCGAAAGAGUAACGUGUUCUCUUUCUUCCUCUUCAUUAAAAGGCGUAAAUACUGUAACAUUUUAAUCGAAAGUCAUAUUUUGUGUUAAAACACUUGUUAAAAAUGCAAGACGGCAGCGAACAUGGCAGCACAAGUGGUCUCAAAAUGGGAACCACCAUUAUUGCAGUUGAGUUCGACGGUGGCGUGGUGGUCGGCUCGGAUUCACGAGUUUCUGCGGGGGCCUCUGUGGUAAACCGAGUGAUGAACAAACUCUCCCCGCUCCAUGACAAGAUCUACUGUGCUUUGUCCGGUUCAGCAGCAGAUGCUCAAACCAUUGCUGAGAUAGUCAACUACCAGUUAGAUGUUCACAGUAUUGAGGUGGAUGAAGAUCCUUUGGUGUGUUCAGCAGCUACUCUGGUGAAGAACAUUUCUUACAAGUAUAAAGAGGAACUAUCGGCUCAUCUCAUUGUUGCUGGAUGGGACAGGAGGGCAGGUGGACAGGUCUAUGCAACCCUUAACGGGCUAUUAACCAGACAGCCGUUUGCAGUGGGUGGCUCUGGAAGUUUCUACAUCUAUGGCUUUGUGGAUGCUGAAUACAGAUCAGAUAUGACCAGACAGGAGUGUCAAGAGUUUGUGAUUAACAGUCUGUCACUGGCAAUGAGCCGAGACGGUUCCAGUGGAGGUGUGGCCUACGUCGUUACCAUUGACAGCGAAGGCGUGGAAGAGAAAUGCAUUCUGGGAAACCAGCUUCCUACAUUCUAUGACCCAGAUAUAUAAUGAUUCCUUUGUAUGGUUUAUCAAUAAAAAGAUUCUCUCCAUUA